AUGUUUUGGCUUAACGAAACAUCUGGAUGUGAUGAACGGGACGACAGACGAAUUCCUGAAAUUACUAAAGUUUUCCUAAAACUUCCUGGAACAUCAGGGAUGCCAGGAUUACCAGGUCGUGACGGGCGAGAUGGCAGACAAGGCGUUCCUGUAGCACAAGGACCUCCUGGACCGAAAGGAGAUGUUGGUCUAAGUGGAGAAGUUAGGAGGCAAGGAGAUCCGGGACCUAAAGGAAAGGAGGGGAAGGGACUGUCUGGAGUCAGUUAUGUGCGCUGGGGGCGAACAAGCUCUGAUGGAGAUGCUCAGAUUGUGUACACGGUUUGGUGGGCAUUGAUCGCCAUGAUCACCGAGGAGGAGGAGGGAAUCAUCUAUGCUUGCCAAACCAACCAAUAUGGGAAAUACACUGAUAAAUUUGAAAACACUGCGGCCAUAUUUGGCGCUGAGUAUGAAGUGAGCUCAUUUCAUCCUUCCAAAAGAAAUGUGCAUGAUCACGACGUCCCCUGCCGUGUGUGCUAA